AUGCUUCUUAUUGUUAUAUUUCAUGCUUAUUACUUAACUUAAAAUAUUCUCACAAGGUAAGAAUGCCAAACUGAUAUAUGUAUUUGUCACGGUUCCUCACAUCAAUGUCGUUGUUAUUUUUACCAAGCCCCUUAUUGUGAUGGCUAUGGACCUAGUUCAACCUGCUUUACUAAUCCUGGAUGUUUGGGAUGUGAUGAUAAUUCAUAAUGUCUCAACUGCAUUUCACAGAAAUAAUUUGUUGAUUCAUCCCAAAAUUGUGUCGAUUGCCCAGAACAUUGUUUAACUUGUACAUCAGAAUCGAAUUGUUAGAGCUGCAUUACAAAUAAUUAUUAUUUAGAUGCUGGACUUUGUAAAUAAUGUCAAUUUCCAUGUUAAUCAUGCAAUUCAUUACAUAAUUGCCUAACAUGUGUGUCUUAAUAAUUUUAUCUUAUAUCUGGUCUAUGUAGACAAUGUGAUUCUCCAUGUUUAACCUGCUUAACUCAAACCCAAUGUCUAACUUGUGUAGAUAAUUCAUAUUAUCUCGAUUAAUCAACUUGUAUUCCAUGCUAAUCCCCAUGUUUAACUUGUUCAAAUUAAAACUUGUGUUUCAGUUGUGUUUCAAAUGACUAUUAACUCAUUAAUGGAUUAUGCAUUGUUUAAUGUCCUCUAAAUUGCCUAAUUUGUUAGAAAAGUCAACAAUGCACUACUUGUGAAGAUGGAUACUAUUUAAAUGCUAGUUACAGUUGUGUAAAAUGUUAAGAUCCAUGUGAAAAUUGUCUAAGUCAAGAAUUGUGUAUUACAUGUUAAAGUCUAUACUAUCAAAAAAAUCAACAUUGCAUUUUAUGUCAAUAGCCUUGUAAUACUUGUAUAGAUGAACAGAAAUGCAGUAGUUGUGUAGAUGGAUAUUAUUUAUUCAAUCAGACUUGCAAUUAGUGUUCAUUAAACUGCUUGAAAUGUGAUUAAUAUAGAUGUUAUUAAUGCAACAAAUAAUCAUAAUUGUUUAAUGAUUAAUGCAUAGACUGCACAAUUCCUAUGAAUCACACAUUUGAUAUUUGCAAUUAUCAAAAUUGUCAUGAUGGAGUUUGGACUCAUGGAGAAGAAUGCGACAAUGGUAAUUCAUAUGGCUGCAUUAAUUGUACCAUAUAAAAGGGAUAUCCAUCAUAAUGUUCAAGAUGCAUUCAAAAUUGUAUACAAUGUGAAGCUAAUAGAUUCUGUUAAGUAUGCAAGGAUGGAUAUUUUUUAAAUGCGAAUCACUAAUGUUAGGAAUGCAAUAUAGAAUGCAAAACCUGUUUUUAUCAACCAAAUAACUGCUCAUCUUGUAAAAUAAUUAAUAAGGAUUUCUAAUCAUGUCAAUUAUGUGAAAUCAAUCAUGGAUAUUACACAGAUUUUGAAAAUAACUAAUGCUAUUCAAAAUGUGGAGACAACAUCAAAACAACGUAAGAACAAUGUGAUGAUGGGAACAAUUUCAACGGAGAUGGUUGUUCUUCCAAUUGCUAAAUUGAAGAUGGUUUCUAUUGUAUUGAUGGUCAUUGUGAUACUCUAAUAUAAGGUGAAAUUCAAGUAUCUUAAUAAUAGUUCAAUUUUGAUGCACCUUCUAAAUAGUUUAUUAUUCAAUUCAAAAACUAUGCGUUGAAUUCAGAUUCAGAAAUUGUACCUAUCAUCUAAUUUUUAAAUUGCUAAAUUAAUUAAUCCUUGAUUGUGGUUAAAUAGAAUAUCACAGAAGAAAUGUACUUUUAGCAUAGGGUUAUUGAAAUAAACAUCGAAUUUGAGAAUAAUUGUAUAAAAGAUAAAAUGGAGGUUAAUAUUGUUUAGAGAUACAAAAACAACAGCAAAAAAAAUAUCGUUUUAUCUUUUCUCACUUUUCAAAUAUUUGACAUUUUAUUCAUUGAAUAAUGGAAAUAACUGUUUAAUGAAAUAAUGAUCUCCUUCAAUUAGACCCUAUUUUACAUUUUUGGUUUUGUGUGUUUAGCAACAUUUAUAACUGGAACAAUCGAAGUUGUUUAUAAUGCAAUCGAUCUAAUCCAAAUGUUUUCAUAUUUAAAAUAUAUUAAUGUAAAUUUACCAUCCAAUUUAUAAAACUAUUUUGACCUAUUUAAAUUUGCUUAAUUGCAGUACUUUUCUAAUUUCACAAAAUAAGUGGCUCUGACAUUUUUGACUCAAAAAGAAUUAGAAUAAUAUAAUUUCUUGCCUGAUAAAAUUAAGAGGGAUGGAUAUUACUCAUAUUGUCUGUUGAAUUACCCGUUUUUAUUUCUACUUUUUGUAUUUGCCAUACUCUUGUAUCCUAUGGCCAAAUUGUUAUUAUCAUAAUUGCAAAGAUUUUAAGUAAGGAUAAAGGAAGAUGAUGAUGAUUCAAUCCUAUUAAAAUUAAAACUCAUUUAAUUGCAUAUUAAAUUAUAUAUUCAAUAAUCCUGCCAAUACGUAAUCAAUAAAUUAUACUUCUCAGGCUUCAUUUCAACUCAUAUGAUAUUAACCUAUGACAUUCUAUUUGUCUCAUUACUUAAUCUAUUCGAUUUAAAGUUACUAUUUACAACUAACAAUCCCUUUAUUGCAAUCAACGUGUAUAUAGCCAUUCUUCUGACAACUAUCCACUGCUUACUAUUAUUUAUUUACUAUUCUAUGCUUGCCAAAUAGACAUAUUUCCUAGAAUAAAAAGACUACGUUCGAAAAUGUGGCUCCCUCUUUGAAGGUCUAAAAAUAAGUACAACUUCUUGUACUCACUUCUAUAAACUGUUUACACUAAUCAAAAAAUCAUUGUUUAUGCUUCUGAUAACUUUUUGCUCAUCCUUCCCCUAUUGUUAAAGCUUAUCUAUAUCUUUUUUAAGUUUCAUCCAAGUACUCUAUUUGUUUAAUUACAAACCAAUCAUUUCCCUCAUAGAAUAUAGGAAACAAUUAAUUAGUGAAUCUUGUGUAUUAAUAUUAUCCCUACUCAUAACUUUGAUCAUACUUAUGCAUGACACUCAUCAAGAUAUGUUUUUCUACUAGGAUAUUAUAGGGUGGUGUUCUAUAAUGAUUAUAACUUUAUUGUUACUCUUUUAAAUAAUAUUGGAUAUCAGAUAAUAAUUCCUACUAUGUCAAAAACAGUUUAUCCUAUUUCACAAUAUAUUAAAGUCAAUCUAAACUAAGAUAUAAAAGGCUUUUGAGAAUUUUAGUGCAACUCAAAGUAAUGCGAAUUCAAAUGUGGUUCUAUUUUACUGA